AUGAUAAGUGAGAGAGAAAAAAUCGGAUAAAUAAUUAAGAGAAAUGUAAAUUAUCUUGCUUUUCUUUACAAAAAAGGUAAUGAAAGAAAUCUGUUAAAUAAAUGGUUUUAAGACUCUAUCAAGAACUACAUUUUAGAGUAAAUAGCAAGUCCAUUGAUAUCAAAAUAUCUUAAUUUUAACACUUCUGCAAAAGUUAAAGAUUUGAUUCUAAAAAACGCUGAUAAAUCAAAACCUAAAUAUAUGGGCAUUAUAGAGCAAUACUUCUUUUAUAUUAAUAAAUACAAACAAGGAGAUCGUUUCAUACAAAAACUUAAUGCUGUAAUUUGUAGUCCAAUAGAUUACUCAACCAGAUAAUUUGUACAAACAUAUAACAACGAAAAAAAUAUUCGCAAAUAAUUUGUCUGCUACCUCAUUUUACGAUACUUUGAAUCAUAAAACAAAUGCUAGUUUCCCUCAUUUUACGAGUUAUGGAAUUUCUGUUUUCCUGAAGAUAUUCAAACUAAAAAAAAACUCACUAGAUUUGACAAUUAUGUUGAAAUGAAAAAAUCAAAAGGCACAAUAAAAAAAAAUACAACUAACUGCAAUUCGUUUUAUUCUUCUGACAGCUUGUUAAAUAGUAGUAACACUUCUUUAUUUGCUAACAAAGCACUUUGCUUUAAUAAUUAAUCACCUUCUAAUUAUAAUUUUUAAACCAACAUUUAAAGUCUAUAAUUUGCAAAUAUUUAUUCUAAAUAACAUGAACUGAAAUAUGAAGAAGAUAGUUAUUAUAUAUAAAAUAUCCAACAUUAUCCUAUAAAGUAGGAAAUAAAUAACCACAUAUUUGAAGAUAACCAUGAAGAAUUAGAUAAAGAAGAACCGCAUGAUAUCUUCUAGUAGCUCCCUUCAUAUUAAAAAAAUGAAACUAAAAAUAACUACUUUUAAAAUCAAUUCUAACAGCAAAAUAAAAAUGAUUCUCUAUACUACUAACCACUACAAUAAGAUUAAAAUUAAUUUUAAUUUCAAAACUAAUAAUCAUACUUACCUAUUUACUAAACUUAAUACUAUUAAGAAUUUACUUAGCCUUUAUAAAAUAAUAUCAAAUAUUAACUUUUCUAUUAAUGA